CAACCUUCAACCCUUCGCAAGUAGUAGACCCUAAUGUUUACGCCUUUAAUUUCUAGCAAGAGGCUUAUCAAAUUAUAAGAAUAUAAUAUUAAUCAGAAGAAGAGAUCCUGUGUUAUAUAUAAACCUUAGGAGUAGGUUGAAGGCACCUGCCCCUCCUCACUCGAGGAGAAUCUGCAAAAAAAAAAGAGAAAAAGCCUUUAACUCCGUCUCCAUGCUGUGGGUGAUGGGCGAGUUUGUUGUGAAUGCAAUUUGCUGUGAAUGAUGAGAUGUCAUCGCGGCGUGCCGCUUCGUUCACGUGCGAUUGAGAAGCCUGUAUUAAUUUCCCGCGAUCAUGAGCGCGCAAAAUCAGUUGCCAAAUCUCGACAAGAUUUUCCGGGAUGACGACGAGUCUGACUUUGUACCCGCGGGAGGGUCUAAUCUAGCUGCCAUUUUUGGGCUACAAUCAAAAGUCACGGAUUCUCAUUCCGCUAAAGUAGCAAGUAAGAAGAGCAACACUCGACAUAACGUACAGCAAACUGUACCUACUUCCAAGACAGAAGUAUUGAUAGCUAAAGCAAUACAUGCUUUUAAAUUGCAAAAUGGCCAAUACGCUUCUGUUGGGAAGCUUGGUAUGGCAUUGACAGGCAACGCAGUAACGAGAGUAUAUCAGAUAAUUUUAUAUAAGACUAAGCAAGAAUACAUAUCCGUUGCUACAGUGACACGUGACUUUGCGUAUACUAUACAAGCAAAUAAUUACGCUAGUUAUUAUGAUAAUAACAAAGAGAAUUGGUCAAUUUUGUUCGAGAAUAACGAGAGUUAUCUGGAGUUUGCAAUAGAAGUGGGACUGGCACGCUAUUUUGCAACGCAAGAGAAAGGAGCGAAUGUAAUCUACCAAGAUCUAAUGCCGAGCGAUAAAGAUAUGAUCGCGAAAGAAGGAGACAAAAUAUGCAUCAAAUAUUUUGUGGGGACUGAGAUUGUACAACCUUUUAAGACAAGCUUUGCAAUGUCACAAGCAAUGACUGUGGAAAUAUCGACGGAUGAGAAUUGGGAGAGAAUUCUUUUGGGCAGUGGCAAGGGCCUGAAAAGAGUUUUAUUCUUACCACCUAGCAAACAGAUUAGUUUAGGUCCUGGAUUUCCUAAAGAGAGAGAUGUUAUGCUGAUAAUAGAGAUAACAGAUAUACGAGUACAGGAGGAAAAUUCGCCGGCACCUAAAAGCUCAACGAGCGAUAAAGCGGCUAUAAUAUCGAGAAUGGCUAAAAUGGGUCAGUCCAUCUUACCAAAAAUGCCUUUGCCUUCCACUACUGAUUCUGAAGAUACCGAGGAUGAUGUACCUCAUAAAUCUCCUCGUCACAAGAGGAUCGAACCAUUGGAAGGAACUUCGCAGAAGAAGAAUUUGCCCUACGAGUCAUCGAAUGAAAAAAAGGCCGCUCAGAAAACUGUAGAGCCUAAAACCGAAAUGCCUUCUGUAGAUUCUAGUACUUAUAAGCCGUUAGUUGCUGCUUCCCCAUUAACGCCACAAUGGACUCCAUCGCCAUAUUUUGCUGGACAUUAUGUAACGAUGGACAAUCAGAUGUAUCCUGUAUCGCAGACUAUGAAUCGUGCAAUACCAGCUGCUCUGGAUCCCGGAAUGAAUAUGCUACUAUCGGAAACGAGAAUAGCGAACGCGGAAAUACGAAUGGGGAUGUCCAAAAUAUCCGACAAUAUCCAGAAAUUACUGGAUAAGUUCCAUGCGUUCGAGCUUCAAAAUGCGACAACUCCUACGAGCGAUAAAGCAACUUUGGAUGCCUCUUUGAAAAUGUUCUUGGCUCUUAAUGCAACUCAAGCGGGAACGAAAGACAACGAAUUAGCAAAAAAUACUGAUAAAGAUACAUCGGAUGAGAAAAUUCGCGAGGCACAAAGCAGAAUAAAUUCUUUAGAAAAUGAUUUAAAAGUAUCGAAAGAGGAAAAAGAAUCAUUGUUACAAAUUAAUGAAAAUCUGAGCAAAAAGCUUCAAGAAUUGGAAGCAAGACUAACUGAUACAAAUGAUGAGUUGAAGAAAACCAAAGAAGCCUUAGAAAUAGCUGAAAAGACGAUUGUACAGUGUAAAGAAGAAAAUGUUAGUUUAGAAGAUAGACUUUCUAAGUGUCAUAGAGAACACCAAGACGAUGCAAUAUUUUCUAGACAGAAAGACGUUGAGAAGAAGAAUAAAGAAAUUAAGCAAAUAAUGAACAAAACGUAUCAUACAUUAUCAGAAAAACUUGCGGAUGAAUCGCGUUCUGAACUAUCCUUUGAUUAUGUAAAAUCAACUAUUGCAAACACAAUAAAGCAUAUCACAUUGCAAGUAUUAUAUGAAGACCCUGAUGAAGAGGAUAGAGAAUCUAAAGCCACUAAAGAUGUGAACUCCACAGUUAUUAAAACUGGUGACCAUCAACAAACUGAGACACCAACAAUUGAACAUAUCGAGAAGCCAAUAUUAAACCCAGAUAGUGGUAAUGAUUUCUCGAUAAAAUGCACGGAAUCCUCACCACGGUCUACUACUAUCAUGCCUAUAUUUGAAAACGAACCACCACCUGUUCCUGACGGCAUUGAUGACAUUGAUAGCGAUGAUUGAUUGAUUCUAACAUUGGUCGAUUUUUUAAUUCAUUAUUAAUUUUUAAUUCAUGCCGCAAAAAAAAUAUUUUAUAGAAUUUUUUCUAUUUUUAGUAUCUAUUGCGUAUAUAUAUACUUUUACAUAUCCUAAUUAAUGUACUAUUCCCAAUAAACCAACAAAUGAUGAAACCUCUUGUACAUUUUAAGACUUAAUAAAGAAAAUAUU